GGGCAGAAUUCAGAGUUGUUAUUAUUAAAGCAACUGGUACAUAUUUUUACCACUGGGUUUUUAAUGUGUUAAUAGAAAUCACAGAUACAAUGAAUUUUGUGGAGUUUAUUGCAAUUUUAAUUUGUUUCUGUCUUUCUCAAAUAAAUUAUAUGAAACUUCGCAACUUCUCGACGGAUUUCCUAAGUUAGACGUUCGGCGUAAUGCCGUGAUGCGUUAAACUCCUUCAGUUUAUCUUAUGACAAAUGUUUCGUGAUAAUAUUAAACAGUGUUCGUGAAAUUGUGAAGUGAAUGUUUGUGCAGAUCCGAGCGAUUAAUCACGCAACUUGCUGUCCGGAAGUAGAGAGACACAGCCCACAGCUUACUCGUGGUUCAUGCUCGGUCUUCUCGUUAUCAAGUCCGGUAUUCACGUUGCACCGGGAGACAUUACGCACUUCCUCGUAGAGAUUUGCUUUAAUUCCGUGAAAAUUAGGUUAAUUUUGCGUGUGUCCGAGCCUUUUCGCGAACCUGACUCGGAGGAUGGGCUUGAGGGCGUGCGGGAGAAGAGACACCAAUGUCCAGGAAGGUGAUGAUCCCGAAGAACCAUUAUUCCGGGAAGAAAGUUCAGGAACCUGUAAAAUCCGGCGACCAUGGCUCAGCCCCAAGUCGCCGUUCAACGCCAUCAUCAUCCCGUGGAUCCGCUGGCGAGGCAGGAGGGUUGGCCCACUUUACCCUUUGUCUAGGGAUCGAAUCCAGGAGCUCGACGGAGGUUUCUUCGAGAAGUUUGGGACCUUGCUGAAGGAGCAACACUCCCAGCAGGAGGAUGGCGACGGCCUGGCCUCCGUGCGCGAAGACGAGCAGCCCCGGAGCGUGGAGCUGCAGCUGGACAUUCCAGAGGAAACUGGAGAAGGCAGCCCUGCGAUGGCGCUCCAGGACAGCGACUCCGAGCCGGACGACGCGGACAAGCGCGAGUUCAUCACUGACGCAAUGGGCUGGAAUAUUGAAGAGCUGUACUCUGAGAUUCUUUACGAAAUCCUUCAUAUUGUUGGCUGCGACGCGGCUGCCGAGGAAGAACGCGCGCCUCUGUUUUGCUAUCUGCAAGAAGCCUUCAAGUUGGAUUACGAAAAACAUAAUCAGCUGCUAGAAAUGGCACGAGCGAAGGAGGCACCAAACAUUCUCUUAAAUGUUGAGGUCAUUGAAGCCAGAGAUUUGAGGCCAAAGGAUGCAAAUGGCUUAAGUGAUCCGUUCUGCACCCUCUUUCUUACGUCGUCCGUUGCUCAUCGCUACAACACUUCCGUCAAGCAGGAAACGUUGAAUCCCGUGUGGGAAGAACACUUCUCGUUGCCAGUGGAAAAUCCAGCAGAAGAUGUUCUCUACGUUGAAGUUUGGGACUUUGAUCCAGCAGAGACAGUUCGAGAGAAGAUGAUGAAGAUUGGAGAAGUGAAAGGGGUGAGAGGCCUGAGGAAACUCAUGAAGGAGAUAGCUGUUACUGCAUCCACAGGCAAACAUGACAAUGAACUGGUGGGCUGUGCUGCCCUACCUCUGAAGAAUAUCCCGGCUUCAGGUCAGACGCUGUGGUGCACGUUGGAAAAGAAGGGCAAAGCAAAAAAACAGGGAGAUGUGAAGAUCCAACUUUCCUUCAGUUCUGAGAAGAACUCGCAGGUUGCUUCUCAAGAACACAGACAUCUUCUUCGUCUUAUGUUACUACAUGAACUAGAAAAUUCAAAGGAAUGUGAUUUAGAAGAACCAGAUGGCAAGAUGUUUUCAAAAUGCAAAGUUGGAGUUGAACCUUUCCAGUGGAAUGGCAAGUUCUCCCAGUCCGCAGAGACAAUCCUGACCCAGCACCUUGUUCAGUGUGGACUGAGCACAGCGGUUGUAACUCUGGCACAGUGGGUAGAAUUUUCCAGUGUACAUGUGGACCACCCACUCAGCUUCAUCACUUUCUCUCUCCUGCUUCAGAAGCUGAUCAAACCGCUUCAGAAUGGACUCAUCACUGAUGAUGAGGAAAAGUUGUUCUGGGAAGCUGCAAAGAAGAUAUUGCCAUCUUGUUACAAUGGUAUCAGGAAAAUCCGGAAACUGACCCACAGUGAUAAAAGCACCCUCCAGCAGCUUUCUGCUAUUCUCAGUAUUUUGUCCCAGUUGGCAACACUACAACCUCCUGAAGGUACGAAUCUGUUUCCCCCUUCCAUAUAUGGUUGGCUCGCAGUCAGUGAAAAUGAACCAAACUGUGAUAUCAGAGCCACUUUGGAUGCGGCUGUGACUCAGGGAGCAGAGGAUUGGUUUUUCCACAUCUUGGAGAAUAAUAACUCUAACGAUCCUUCGGAAGAAGCGCAAUUGAACCACCUCAUACGAAUAAUACAACUUCUGAGAACGGAUCUACAAAAAGCAAUUGAAUUUCAUGAUAGAUUAUUCCAGCAAUACUUCAGAUUUUCUUAUGCAAAAACACUCUACAAAUUAUAUGAGUCCAAAGUUGCAGAAUUGGUUGAACCAGUGGUUACAGAAGUAUGUAAGUCAUUGAAGCCACUCAAGUUCAAUGACAGAGCAACAGAUGGAAUUUGCGAUAAUGAUCCCUUGUUGAUGGGCACAACGCUGUUUGAGCUGUAUCUCAUUGUUCAGAGAUUUGCAGUGCUUGGAACUGGUUUGUGUCCAGUGGACUCAGAUGUGUUCAACAUCCACAAUUUUCACCUCUGGUUUCAUGCAGGGGUGGCUCAGUGGCUAGAUAUUGCACUCUAUAAAGCCCUUCAGAGGAUAAAGAAGGCUGUGGAAAUAGAUAAUCUUGUGCCAGUUGAUGGCAGUGUCAAGUACAGCUCUUCAGCAGUUGAUACACUUGCUAUUUUUUACCAGAUAAAAAUAUUUUGGAAGCAGCUUGCCUGGCCAGACGUUGAAGGUUCCUAUACAUUUGUUGCUAAGAUUAUUGAUGAUAUUUGCCGGUGUUCGGUUUUCUACGCAGAUCAGAUGAGUGGUAAAGUGGAAGGAAUGGGAGAGAGUCAGAAUGUGUAUGAGAAGAAAUUUGAAGUGACGAAUGAGUGGUGUUUGGCCAUAAAUAAUAUUGAUUAUGUGCAACAGUCAAUUCAGCCUUUUGUUGGAGAACUGGGAAUGGAAGAGAUCGUAACAUCUCUUGCCAACUUCAGAAGUCAGACAGCAGCCGAUCAUUGUCAGAGGACGCUACAACUGGUCAUCGACAAUGCCGUCGAUACAGUUGGCAACAAAAUACUGGAACUUCUAGAAAAAGUUGCAGAAAAGAUGGCACCAGCAAUCAACAGGUUCUUGUUAGAGGGAGCUGAACUGCUGAAACAGGAAAACAACUGCGUGGAUCGGCUGAUGAAAUAUCUUGAUGAUAAUCUGUUGACACUCCAUUCACACCUCAACACAGAUAACUUCAGUCGUAUUCUUUCCAUCAUCUGGGAAAAUCUUUCACACACGAUGUAUGAACUUGUUGAAAGUAACCUAGAGAGGAGGAGACCACCAACUUUCUUCUUGAAUCUUCAUGAAACCUUAAAAAUAUUGGUGGGAUUUUUCAAGCAAGGUGAAGAGAAAAAUGAAACGAACAGUCCAGCGAUCCUGAAGCAGAUAGAACACUUGCUUUUGCUGCAUGGAAUGGAGACGUGGGAACUAAUCCAUCAGUACAACUUGGAGAGAAGAGAAGAGCAGAUAGCACUGGAACUGCCCAAUUUAGGUCUUCUUACAGUCAGAAUCCAAUUUGUUGAGGACCUUUUGAGGAUAGAAAUACUUAAUGCUAGGAACCUUCAUGCAAUGGAUGCCAAUGGCUCCUGUGAUCCUUAUGUGAAAGUUCACCUGCUACCAGAAGAGAAAUUCAGAACAGUAACAAAACCAAGGACUAAAACACACAAGAAAACGAUGUUCCCGCUAUUUGAUGAAAAUUUCACCCUACACCUAACGCCUGAGCAGCGACACCUCAAGAAUGGGCUGAUAAUGUUCACGGUUAAGGACCAAGACUUCCUGGGGAUGAAUGAGUUUCUUGGUGAAGCUUUUGUAUCAUUUUCUGAUGUUCCCAAGACUGAUAUGACAACUGGGCUUGAAGAGCUGGAGCAGGUUCAUUUGAAGCUCAGCAGACCAACGAAACAAGAUUCUGAAGCCUAUAGAGCUCUGGAGAAUCGGCAUGAUAAAUUAUCACGAGACUUCUUAAAAAAGGAAAAAGCAAAGUAUUCUUCUAGUUAAGAACGCAUACUUCAGUAAUUCCUUCAUUUGUUGUCCUUACUGAUGCAGUAUUUAUUUUGUAAUCAUAAUUCUCCUAAACUUUGUGCCUGUGAUUAAAUCAUUUCAUGCAACAAUAUUUUGUUCGUGACAACUAGACAGUAAUUCAAUCCGACAGCUGUACAUUAGUUUCCUCUGGUAGUGAGUGAAUUCCUUAAUUGUUCAAAGAUGGAGGAUUCCGUGUAAUAUUUACAACUAUAUUUUCUCUGACACUGCCUAAAUAUGUAUUACCUCGUUGACAUAUGAAUUUCGCCUUCUUUUGAGACAUCAGAAUUCGUUUUUUUAAAAUUAGUUCAUCGUAAUUUGCAGUCCCAGGUGAGAGAUGUAAUUUGUUCCAAAACUGACCAAGUUCGCUUAGAAUCAGUGAAAUGUUAUAAGCAGUGCUUAGUAAUUAAUCACAAAUUUUCCAUCUGAUGAUUGAAAGUACUUUCUAAAGUCCGGAAUGUUAAUUAAUAUUGGGCUGAAGUUUUUUGUUAUUGUAAGUUGAGCAAAGGAGUGAAGUUGCAUUUUGCUUCAUUUAACCUAACUAGAGAGAGAGGGCACAUUUUUUUUAGGUACAGUGUGAAGUAGGAGCGUGGUUAAUGUUGGUACCACUGAAGGUAGAAUUGGACUGCGUCCUGAAAGGAAUUAAUUUCUAAUAUUGCUCUGUUAGUAAUGUGGUGAGCUCGUUACAGGAUGUAAUUAUAUAUAAUUCUCAUAUAGAGUACUUUAUUAAUGAUAUUUAUUUUAUUGCUAGACGUACUUUGCUUCUCAGCUGUUCCUCCUUUUAUUUACAGUAUGUUAUAACUUAUUUUGUAUGGCUAGUUAGGUCAAAUGGUUAAAAUAUUUUCAAUAUUGCUUCUCUUACCUGUUGAUAUUUUGUGAUAAUAUUAUUGUGAGUAAAAUACUCAUUCGUCAUUCUCAGGUACUGGAUACAACGUUGCUUCAUUACUGAAAUUGAUUAUGAGGACUGCGUGCACUUAAAUAAAUACGAACUAAGGGCUGUACAUACUCUUAGAUAAAGUGGCAGAAUUAUUGUAAAAAUUGUAUACUGUACUGACUUAAGAAAAUGUGUGAAGCGUUUUUAUAAUGAGCGCUAAUUUAUUUAAGUCCCAUUGUCUUUCUGAUUUCCUGUUGCACACAGUAUGGUAUUGUUAAUUGAAAAUGUUGUGUUUAUUGAUAUGUAUGCUAGCAGCAUAAUAAACAAAAUUCAAUUAUGUUA